CCCAAUCCUGUUGGAGUCCCAUUGUUGGUGGUGGUGGUGGAGGUGGCAUGCUUGGCAUGGUGGUGGAAGAGUGGCGCGUGCGCACGAUGCAGAGGUGGGGUAGAGGCACGGAGGGGGUCUAAGUGAAGAUGUUGAAGGAUGUUAGUGAUAGAAGGAAGUUAGGGUUACAGAAGGGUAUUUAUGUCCUCUAAGGGGUGCAGGAAGCAAUUGCCGGUUCAUUUUAGCGGGUUCCUUUGGCCCAAUCCAAUCCUCAUAAUCAACCUCUCUCUCUGACUGUUCACUCUGUGUUUGGAGGUGGAAACUUAGGGUAUGAUUUCUGAUUCCCCUUCCUUCUCGCUCGUUCUCUGCUUUAAUCCAUCAACUAUCCUUCUAACUCAUAUUUCUUCACUGAUUCAAGAUACGAUCAAGUUUCCUUAUCAUUUGCUCCUAAUUACGUUUACCCUAUACACACUUUUCCAGUUAUUCACCAAAACCAACAAAUAACAAAUUUCAGGUUGUUGGAGAAAUUGUUCUGUUGGGGGGAUAUGAUGUCGAUGGAGAAGGAAGCUUCAAGCUCCACACCUACGCGCAAAUUGUCGUGCACUGCAUGCUUCGACGCUGUCUAUUUCUGCUACUCGCCGGUUCAUCAAAUGCAGCAGUAUUACAGGCUUGGUAAAUUUGACAAUUGUUCCGGCAAAUGGAAAGCGAUGGUUGAUUGCUUAAUGCUCAAGACCAAACCCACAUCUCAAGUCCAGGAAGUUCUGGAUACUGAAGAGAAAUCAAAGUUUAAGUCACAUAUCUGGACUUUUCGGACACCAGAAGAAGCUUCUUACUACUGGCAAGAACUUUAUGGUCAUUUGGAUGAGCCUGAAGAGUGAAAAUCAAAUUGUGCAAAUAAAUAUUAUGUAUUGCCUUCUGAUUUUGCUAAUGAUUAGGAUUUUGAGGAAGGGGCUAUUAGAAACCAAAGAAAGUUCAUAUCAAAUUGAAGAUCCUAGUUAGCUUGAGUUUUCUUAUUUUCUUUUUUGUGUAGUCAUCACUUUGAAUAUUGCGUUCGAAUGACUUAGCACAUUGGGUUUGUAAUAAUCUUUUAAAAUUUUAAUGACUGUUUUAAUGGUUCUUUCUUCUGAUGGAAA